UUGAAAAAGUAUAAUAAGUAAAGUGUUUCAAUGCAGGUGAAAUGUGAGGAUGUAAUGAAAGCUUACGUGGAAAGAUCCCGGGAGGUACAUCCUUUUAUUAAUGCAGCUUGUGACGAGAGAUAUGAAGAUGCACUGAAAGAUGCAAGAAAUAUCGAUAUCUUUUUGGAUAAAAAUGAAAAGCGUCUGGAUGAUAUUGAGAGAGAUACACCGCUACUCGGAGUACCUUUUACGUGCAAAGAAGCUAUAGGAGUCAAAGGAAUGGCCCAAACUUGUGGUUAUUAUAAAUCGAAAAAUGCAGUUGCUGCACAAGAUGCCGAUACUACAGCACUAUAUAGAAAAGCUGGAGCAAUACCUGUGACUGUUACAAACGUUCCAGAAACGUUAUUGUGGUGGGAGAGUGCAAACCUUGUCUUUGGCAUGUCUAAAAAUCCAUAUGAUAACACAAGAACAGUUGGGGGAAGUUCAGGUGGGGAAGCAGCUAUAAUAACAUCUGCUGCUGCUGUUAUUGGUAUCGGAAACGACAUGGCUGGUAGCAUACGAAUGCCAUCAUCAUUUUGUGGAAUUUUUGGGCAUAAGCCUUCCCGAAAUUAUAUAUCAAACGGGGGCUGCUACCCGGAAGAUGCAGACGAAGACGCCUUAUUGGAUGAUUUCAUUAGCACAGGACCAAUGUGUCGAUACGCCAAAGAUUUGCCCUUAUUGGUGCGAAUUUUAUCUGACAACAACAAUAAAGUGCCACUGGACAAAAGAGUGAAUUUUCGGAAAGUAAAAAUUUAUUACAUGGACGAAAUUCCUGGGAAACUUAAUUGCUCAACACCAGAUGCUAAAAAUAAAAUUCAUCAG